CAAGUCUUCUCUAUACAACUUCUAUUUUUACCAAAUUAUCUCACUUUUUUCUCUAUCUCUCAAAAAAGAAGAAGGUAAACAUGUCCAAGACCAAGACGACCCUUCUCAGUUUCCUUGUCACCGUCGUCAUCCUAAUGAAUCCAUCUGCCUCCAAUCCCACGGACGGUUACAUAUACGCCGUUUGUUCUCCGGCUAAGUUCUCCCCUGGCUCCGGCUACGAGGCAAAUCUAAACUCUCUCCUCUCUUCUUUUGUCAGCUCUACCGUCCAAAUACGCUAUGUCAACUUCACUGUUCCAAACAAAAAGCCCGAACCGGGGGUUACCGUGUACGGCCUUUACCAGUGCCGCGGCGACCUCGACCCAACUUCAUGCUCGACGUGCGUAUCACGCGCCAACGCACAGGUGGGAACCUUAUGUUCCAACUCGUACUCCGGGUUCUUGCAGAUGGACAGCUGUCUGGUCCGGUACGACAACACUUCCUUCUUUGGGGUGCAAGACAAAACGCUGAGGCUCAACAAAUGUGGUCAGGCGAUGGAACUCAACGACCAGGACGCGUUGACCAGAAUUAGUGACGUCAUCGGUUCUUUAGGUUCGGGAAGUGAUUCAUACAGAACCGGUGGGAACGGGGAUGUUCAGGGUACGGCUCAGUGCAUGGGGGAUCUAAGUACAGCUCAGUGUCAGGAUUGCUUGUCUGAUGCAAUCGGACGGCUCAAGUCUGAUUGUGGCAUGGCUCAGGGAGGAUACGUUUACUUGUCCAAGUGUUACGCGCGUUUCAGUGUCGCUAGCUCUCACGCGCGUCAGACCCCAAACUAUAAUGGAGAGAAAGACGAUAAGGAUGAUGAUGAUAAAAGAGUUGGGAAAACAUUGGCGAUAAUAAUAGGAAUGGUAACCUUAAUCAUUUUGCUCGUUGUGUUUCUGGCUUUUGUUGGGAAGCAAUGUGGAAAAUAUCAAGAAGAUAAUUCGUGUAAAUAUUGAAAGGACAAAAGUGGGAAAGAGAUCAACCAACAACUCGACUCGGGCCAAUGCUAGUUGUAUUUUUUUGUAAUUUUUUUUUUAUAGUUCUCCCUCAUGAUUUGUACCUAGUUAUACUAUAUUAGUAUUUAUAUAUGAUUAUCUUAUAUCGAUUUUUGUAUAAUUGUCAGACUUGUAUAGGCCAAAGCGAUAUCUUCUUCUUUGAUGUGAAUGAAACAUUCGAUUUGGUAUCUACACAAAAA